AUGGCGGAACCGACCUUUUUCAGCUUCCCCGACGAAGAGAAGAAGAUCUUGGACCAAUGGGCCAAGCAGGACGCGUUCAAGCGCCAGCUCGAGCUCACGCAAGACAUGGAGCCGUGGCUGUUCUACGACGGCCCCCCCUUCGCCACGGGGUUGCCCCACUAUGGCCACAUCCUCGCCCUGACCACCAAGGACAUUUUGCCCCGGUACGCCCUGAUGAACGGGUUCCACGUCGAGCGUAAGUUCGGCUGGGACACCCACGGGUUGCCCGUGGAGCACGAGAUCGACAAAAAGCUCGGCGUCACCUCGAAGGAAGAUGUCUACGCCAUGGGCAUCGACAAGUACAACGCCGAGUGCCGCGCCAUCGUCAUGCGCUACGCCGACGACUGGAGACAGACGAUCACUCGUUUGGGCCGGUGGAUCGACAUGGACAACGACUACAAGACGUUGUACCCGGAAUUUAUGGAGCUGGUGUGGUGGGCGUUUAAGGAGUUGUGGAAGAAGGACCAGGUGUAUCGGGGUUUGCGGGUGAUGCCCUACUCGACGGCGUGCACCACCCCGUUGUCUAAUUUUGAGGCGCAGCAGAACUAUAAGGACGUCAACGACCCCGCCGUCACCGUGGGGUUCCCCCUUGUCGACGACCCUAAAACGGUGUUGGUGGCGUGGACCACUACUCCCUGGACUCUCCCGGCUAACAUCGCCCUCGCCGUCAACCCCAAGUUCGAGUACGUCAAGAUCUGGGACGAAGACAAGCAGGUGCACUACAUCCUCUUGGAAGGGUUGCUCAAGACCUUAUACAAGAAGCCUGCUGCCGCCAAGUACAAGGUGGUGGAGAAGAUCAUGGGCGACCAGUUGGUGGGGCUCAAAUACCAGCCGGCGUUCAAUUACUUCUACGACCAAUUCAAGGACUACGCGUUCAAGGUGAUCCUGGCCGACUACGUCACCAGCGACUCCGGUACCGGGAUCGUCCACCAGGCCCCGUCGUAUGGUGAAGAGGAUUUCAACGCUGCCACUGCCCACGGUUUGAUUGACGAAAAGCGCACUCCCCCCUCAGUGGUCGACGACGCUGGUCGGAUGACUGUGGGUGAAGAUUUGGGGAUGAAAGGGGUUUACUUCAAAGAUGCCGACAAGAUCGUGAUUAAGAAGCUCACCGAGGACGGCAAGAUGCUCGUGUCGACGCAGAUGAAGCACUCGUACCCGUUCUGCUGGCGGCUGGACACCCCGUUGAUGUACCGGACUGUCCCCGCGUGGUUCGUCCGCAUCGGGCCCGUCAUCGACAAGAUGUUGGCCAACGUCGACAAGACGAACUGGGUGCCGCUGACGAUCAAGGAGAAGCGGUUCUCCAACUGGAUCGCCAAUGCCCGUGACUGGAACAUCUCGCGUAACCGUUACUGGGGUACCCCCAUCCCCCUCUGGGUGUCGGACGACUUUGAGGAAAUGGUGUGUGUUGGCUCUAUCCAGGAAUUGAGAGACUUGUCGGGCAACCAGGACAUCACCGACAUCCACCGUGAAUCCAUCGACGCCAUCACCAUCCCGUCCAAGCAAGGCAAGGGUCAAUUGAAGAGAAUCGAGGAAGUGUUCGACUGCUGGUUCGAAUCGGGGUCGAUGCCUUACGCCUCCAACCACUACCCCUUCGAAAACAAGGACAAGUUCGAGAAGGCGUUCCCCGCCCAGUUCAUCUCGGAAGGGUUGGACCAGACGAGAGGGUGGUUCUACACGUUGACGGUGUUGGGCACCCACUUGUUCGACACCUGCCCCUACGAAAACGUCAUUGUUUCGGGGAUUGUCCUCGCCGCCGACGGCAAGAAGAUGUCCAAACGUCUUAAGAACUACCCCGACCCCACCAUCGUCCUCGAGAAGUACGGCGCCGACGCCCUCAGAUUGUACUUGAUCAACUCGCCGGUGUUGCGGGCGGAAACGCUCAAGUUCAAGGAGGAAGGCGUCAAGGAGGUGGUGCUGCUGGUGUUGUUGCCGUGGUACAACUCGCUGCGGUUCCUCAAGGACGCCGCCGACAUUUUCGCCAAGGACCAGGGCGCCCCCUUCGCCUACCUGGCCGCCCGCAAGUCCGACAACGUCAUGGACCGCUGGUUGAUGGCGCUGUUGCAGUCGUUGGUCAAGGAGGUCCACGAGGAAAUGGCCGCCUACCGCUUGUACACCGUGGUGCCCAAGUUGUUGCGGUUUAUUGACCUCAUGACCAACUGGUACAUCCGGUUCAACCGGAAGCGGUUGAAGGGGCUGGUGCUGAAGCAGGACACCGAGAACGCCCUCAACACCCUCGCCGAGGCGUUGAUGACUUUCCUGAGAUUGAUGGCUCCGUUCACGCCGUUCCUCGCCGACAGCAUCUACCAAAAGGUCAAGGAGUACUUCCCCGAGUCCGACCUCGCCGCCUUCUGCAUCAACCCCAAGGUCAACGACACCGGCUCGGUCCACUUCUUGUCGUACCCUAAGGUCAGAGAAGAGUUGUUCGACGAAAAAAUCGAAUUGGCCGUCUCGAGAAUGCAAAAGGUCAUCGAAUUGGGGAGAACCAUCCGUGAAAAGAAGCAGAUCUCGCUCAAGACGCCCCUCCGCCAGUUGGUGGUGUUGCACGACGACCAGCUGUACCUCGACGACAUCUCCGACCUCGAGAACUACAUCCUCGAGGAACUCAACGUGCGCAAGUUGAUCAUCACUUCCGAUGAAUCCGAAUACAACGUCGAGUACACUGCGGUUGCCGACUGGCCCGUGUUGGGUAAGAAGUUGAAGGGCGACGCCAAGAAGGUGAAGGCGGCGUUGCCCAAGUUGACGCUGGAAGCCGUCAAGGACUUCGCUGCCUGCGGCAAGAUCUGUGUCGACGGCAUCGACUUGGUGGCGGAAGACUUGCAAGUGCAAAGAGGUUUGCCCGCCGACAAGGCUGCCGACGGCCAGGAAGCGAGAUCGUCGCAAGAAGACCGCGUGUUGGUCAUCUUCGACUGCAACAUGUACCCUGAACUCGAGCGCGAAGGGUUGGCCCGUGAGAUCAUCAACAGAAUCCAGAAGUUGAGAAAGAAGGCCGGCUUGGUCGCCACCGACGAGAUCCAGGUCGAGUACGACGUCACCAAGGACACCAUCGACUUCGACACCGUGGUGCUGGAAAACAACGACUUCAUCUGUGCCCUGACCAAGCGCCCGUUGCAAAAGGUGUCGGCCUCGGGCGACAUCAUCAUCGAGGAAGAACAAACCAUCGGCGAAACCGUGUUCAACCUCAGAUUGUUGAAGUUGUAA